AUGUUUUUGAGAUUCAUUCGAUUUGACAAUGAAAGCACACGUAAUGAACGUGUAAAAACCGACAAAGCUGCGCCAAUUCGCGACAUGUGGACGAUGCUCAAUGAAAAUUUGAAAAAACAUUAUAAACCCAAUGAAUCCAUAACUGUAGAUGAACAAUUGUUCCCUUACAAAGGACAUACAAAAUCUAUGCAAUUCAUGCCGUCCAAACCAGCAAAGUAUGGUAUAAAAAUCUUCUGGGCAUGCGAUUCUUCAAACGCUUAUCCUCUACAAGGACAAAGUUAUACAGGAAAACCAUUAGACGGGCAACGUCAAGUCAAUGUUGGUGAAAAGACGGUCUUCAGGGAGAAAUAUUACUACAGACAAUUUUUUUACCAGCUUGCAACUGGCUCGAGUUUUAAAUUCAUGGCGUAUGACUUUAGUAAGUACCGUUAG